UAUGUGGCCCUACAACCUGCAAGUAGAGGAGGAACAGUACGUUUUGGUGGCCCUUGCCAACCACAACAACAAAUCUGCGUGUAAUUAUAAUAAAACUUUAUAUUGGCCCUGAAAUCCAACAGAAGAAGAAGAAGAAGAUAAACCUUUAUUUAAAAUAAUUCCAUGUGAUAAGGUCCAAAACUUAGUGGCAGUGAUGGCAAAGGAGUUUUCAGGAAACAACAGCCAAAACUAUUUGAACUUUAUUGAUGCUCACUUUUUCAGCAGUCUUCCGUCACAAGGAAACAUAUAUACUCUCACACCUCUUACGGAUGCUAAAGGAUUCACUAAAAUUCUUGUGGCUUCUCUCCAACGAAAGGUAUACUGUUUAGAAUUCACCAGUGGGAGACCAUGCAUGAGGGAAGUCCCAUUCACAUAUAUACCUGGUGGAGCUGAAAUCAUAUCCAUUGAUGCUGUAAACAGAUCUGUCAUUCAAGAGGACUUCAUUAUAGGAAUUACAAUUAUCAAGAAAGAUGAUGUCACUGGACAGCAGAGCCAUUUCUUCAAUAUUUACUCAGACUGGGAUCUGAACUGUGACAGUGCAUUAGAUGUUGUCUCUCAGAACUGUCUGCCUCUGGAACUAGACUUUGUACCCUACCACCUUUAUCACACUAAAACAAAGACCAAACAUGGAUGGGAGACUGUAUGGUUACUAAGUGGGAGUGACAGUUGCAUCCAUUUGUACCACUCUGAUGAUGAAAGUCACAGCUACCAGGAAGUGGAGUGCUCUGAGUCAUUCCCUGAGUUCUCACAAACAACCAACAUCACACUCUGGAUGGACGUCUUUUAUUCUUCGGACAACAAGAAAAGAGUAUCAGGAACCUGUGGCGAGAGCGGCACUGUUCACAUGUUUCACGUCAAUGUGGAAGCCAUACCCCAAAUAACUGCAAGUCAUACUGUGUCUUGGGAUUACCCUUCAGUGACUGUUAAGAUCUUUGACUUGAAAACUACUCUCUCUGUUCCAAAUUUUCUACAAGGAAUCCACAGGUUACAGAAUAGAGCUCCCAAAACAGAUAAUGAAGAUCAGCCUCAUGUUGUGGUAGCGAAUGCCUUGGAAUCCUGUUUUGUGUACAGUGGUUUUGUAAGUAAGUGUGAGGGUUAUCGAUUACCAGACUCUGACAACAGUGAUGUAGUCACUUGCUGCAUUGUAUGUGACAUUGACCAAGAUGGCAAGAAUGAAAUAUUAAUAGGCACAUAUGGACAAACUGUGACAGUGUACAAGUAUAAUGAAGAGCCCUUCAGCUGGACUAUUUGUCACAGUAUAAAUGUACCGUGUCCAGUUCUCUCCCUGGCAUACUGUGAUGUUAUGGGUGAUGGCUCCUACCAGCUCAUUGUCAUGACAACAACUGGGAUUCAUAUUUUCCAGCACAACCCAUGGGAAUUAGCCUCGGUCAUCAUCGAGAGAUUGGAAACCCUCAUAAGUUUGAAGUCAGCUUUCAAGCUUCCCAAGGAAGUGGUUCAGGAGUCUAGUCAAUGCAGUGGAUGAAAUAUUUUAUAAAUGCUUGUGGAUCCAUCCUUCCAGGUAUGGGCAUUAUCAUUAUUUGUUAUUAAAGCAAUAAAAAAAUUA